AUGAAGCUUAUCCCCCAGAGUUACAUCUCUUUUCUAUUUCCAUUCCAGAGUUUUUAUGUGUUUCCACGCCCCUUCGAGGCAAUAGUACUUCAAUUCAAAAGCAAAAAAAGCACUAGCAACACCAAGAAGUCUUCUGAGCUAGAUGUGAAGGUUUCCCCACCAGAAGAAGAGGGCAACACAAAAAAAGAGUCCAUUUUUUGCAUCAAACCACCUCCACCUCCUCCAGCUCUUCUUUCACCUGUUGCAGCUCAGAAGUCUCUUACGAAUGUACCACCAAAUAUCAAUCUGGAAGAUCCUUCCAACCACAAGAUUGCAGAACCAGCAAGAGAAGACUCCAAUGAUGCUGAAGGUCAAAGCACACUUGAUUUACCUGAUGACGACUUUGGAAAUUUCCAGGCAGCUGAGUGAUGGCAUGGAAUGUGUACAUUCUCGAAUACCCAAAUCGAUCUUCGGUUUUCAGUAGAUCGCGUGCUACAAAUUGCUUAGAUUUCACAAGAGAUCUUAUGUGUUGUUAUUAACCUUGUUGUGAAAUUAGCAUGAAGAGUUGUGAUUAUACCAUGCCUCAGCGGUUCAGUUAUAACUGUGUGAUGAAGCCAAGCAAAGAGACCAAUGGAAAUAUGUAAUAUCAUGGAAAUUUUCU